AUGCAGCCCCAUCACUCUCUGCCAGCGCGCCCGCCGCCCACGACAUACUCGGCACCGCCCUCGAGGACCAACAACGCCGGCGCACGAGGCCAGGGCAACUCGCCCAUGUUUGCUGGCUUCACACCGGCGUCUGCUGCGCCGGCAAACUACGCGCAAGCCCCAGUGAGCGCCCCCUAUCAAGCACCCGCAUACCCGACCAGCAAUGCUUACAACAACUACUCUUACCCAGCCUACGCGACGGGCGCACCUGCUGCGGCCUCAUACCCAGCUGCUCCGACCGUGAACCGCGGGUUUGGUGGCACCUAUGAUCCCGAAGAAGAAGCCCGCAUCGCCGAGUGGAACAGCGCAUACAAUGCUGGCGAUGCGAACGCGAAGAAGGGCACCGGUGCGAACAUGACCGCUCGACCGGAAGCGGCAACCACCCAGGAUACUGAAGCAGGACCAGCAGCCGACGGCAAGCGCAAGACUGUUGUUCGCGAGGGAGGUGGAAAACAGUGGGAGGACGAGACACUACUCGAGUGGAACCCCUUGCACCCGCGACUCUUCAUCGGUAACCUGGCGGGUGAAGUCACCGACGAUUCACUCCUCAAAGCUUUCGCCAAGUACCCCUCUCUGUCCAAAGCCCGCGUCGUACGAGAUAAGAAGUCCACCAAGAGCAGAAGUUACGGUUUCGUGAGCUUCUCAGACACCGACGACUACUUCCGUGCCGCCAAGGAGAUGAAUGGCAAGUACAUUGGCAGCCACCCGGUCCUCAUCAAGCGAGCCACAUCUGAAGUCAAGGCUGUCGUAAAGAAGGACGACAAACACAAGCAGGGGAAGAACAGGAACAACAAGAACAACAAGGACAAGUCUGGAAAUGGCAACAACAGCACGCCCGCGGUAGUCGCAUCUCCCGCCAUGUUCAUACCUCGUGGUGUCCAGAAGAAGGGCAAGUCGAACGGUCCGAGAGUCUUGGGUUGA